UGUGCGUUUUACAUGUGAAAGUGUGCGUGUAGCUCACAUCUGUACCGGCUCGGCUGUCUUUCGUGUGGAUACAGCGGGAAGAAGAGCGGGAAGCGCUAGGCGCAGGAUGGUUUGACUGGACUAGCGAGGGAGGCGCGCGACUGGUGGAAGAUCGCGCUCACGCACUCCGUCGACUCAGGAUCAACGACAACAUCUUCUCCGGCCCUCUCUGACCCGCCUCCCUCUGCCUCUCUCUCUCUCUCUCUCUCUCUCUCUCUCUCUCUCUCUCUCUCUCUCUCUCACACACACACACUCAUGCACGGCUGGAUGUUGUGUCGUUAGGCUGCACGUGAGGUGUGUGCAUGAAUGAUGGACCUGAAGGAGGGCUGUGGAAGCGAGGCUAGUCGUGAAACUGAGAGCGGGGGCAUGGGGAGUCUUGGAGGCCACUCAUCUUGGCAGUCCUUUGCCCACCGAAGCACCCUUCAUGGUCUGCGCUUCAUCUUCCCCUACUCUUCAUCAUCAUCUUCCUCCCCUUAUCGCUCCACUUCGCGCCGUCUGCUCUGGAGUGCAGCCUUGCUGGCCAGCUUAGUCCUACUGAUCCUGGAGAGCACCGAGCGGCUGGCCUACUUCCUCUCCUAUCCGCACGUCACCAGCGUGGACGCAGUGGUUUCUGGCAGCCUGGUUUUCCCUGCUGUCACCGUCUGUAAUCUGAAUGCCUACCGUUUCACACGUCUCACACAGAAUGACCUCUACCACGCGGGGGAACUGUUGGCCUUGCUGGACGUGCACCUGCAGAUCCCUGAGCCACACCUGGCUGAGCCCCACGUGCUGGCCUUUCUCACAGAGAAAUCCAACUUCACUAACUACCGGCCCAAGCCCUUUAGCAUGCGGGAGUUCACAGAACGAGUGGGACACGACCUGAAGGAGAUGAUGCUCUACUGCCGUUUCCAGGGCCAGGAGUGCAGCCACCAGGACUUCAAAACGGUGAGUGUCUGCAAGGUAUUUCUUCUAUAA